UGAGAGAGAGAGAGACUGUCACCAAACAGAUCGACUGAGUUUGGUAGCCUUACUGCACGGACCACACACACACUCUCCACAAUGCCGCAUCGGCCCAGCACGUCACCUACAUCGAGCUAACCAAGUGCCGAGAAAAGAUAUAGACCAGAGGACUUCCAAGGAGACAAACAGCCAUGGAGGGUCUCUACUUUGACGUCAAGCCCCGUGACCAACGCCCCAGCAGCCCUCCCCUUCCCCUCACCCCAAACACCGCCCCUCCCCUCCCUUCUCCUUUAGCCCCCUCCCCCCUUAUUCUCCCCCAUAACAUAACCUCUUUCUCAGCCCUCACCCCCUCCCCCUCGUCACCCACCCCCCUCACCCCCAACACCAUUCCUCACCCAGCCCUCAGCCCCUCCCCCUCGGCAUCCUCCCCCCUCACCCCCAACACCCAUCCUCACCCAGCCCUCACCCCAUCCCGCCUUAACCUCACCCCUAACAGAUCGUCCUACACAACCCUCACCCUUACACCCUCCCCCCUCCACCUCACCCCUCUCGGAAGAAACACAGAGGAAGAGGAGGAAGAGGUUCAAUACAGACUGACUCUGGUUGGCUGCCUCCCGGUCCAUCACCUGACCACCAUGGCCAUGCUGCCCUGGGUCGUGGCUGAGAUCGGGAGGCCUCGGCCUGGGGAGAGAGACAAGCCCGUAGUGGGUCGGCCGCCUGGAAGUCCUGCAAGUAGAGGCACACACACCGGAAACGGAGAGAGCGUUUCCUCACGACGACACCAGGCGGUGUGUCUGUGUGUGUCCGCCUCGUGGGUGAGGUGUGUGUGGACGGAGGAGGAGGUGGAGAGGGACAGGCGACCGUGGGACCCCCUCACACACACGGUGUUGUUUGAGUGCCGGCCGCACCACGUCACCAAGCUACUCCACAACAGCAGGGAGCCGUGUAGCUUUGGUUGUCUGGUUCGAGACACACAUCUCUGUUACUGCUACGUCUUCCAAUGCCAGGACUGCACCAAGGUCCCCGAGAUCAUCAGUACGCUGCGUCAGGCCGGGAAGAGCUCGGCGCGCAACGAUGACCUCGCGGCGCCCAAACCCGCCGCCUCUUCCUCAGAAGACUGUACUCCGUCCGCGUCGUCGGCCUUCGGCGCUGCCACCAUGUUCGCCAAGAGGUUUGAGGUCCUGUUCUGUGGAAGAGUGACCGUCGCUCACAAGAAAGCCCCGCCCGCCUUGAUUGACGAGUGCAUCGAGAAAUUCAGCCAAUCCGUAGGGGCCGGGGGCGAUCCUAAACCAGAAAGUGGCGGUGGAUUGGUGGACGGGCUGCGGAGAGCUCUGGCCUUGCCGACGCUAACGCGAGAUGGAGGAACUGGGGAUGGAGCGGUCAGGGGAGGAGGAUACGGUGCCUCAAGUGGUGGGAGGCCGGUGGUGUUCCAACCAGACCCCAGUUUCCCCUGCCUCCGGGCCCUGGAUGAGAACGGCCUGUCACCUGAACUACACACACACACCGCUGGGGUCCAGCCCACCAGUCUACAGGAGAACAGGACCAUGCUGUUCAUGGUGGGUCGGUCUCAGAUCUUCCUGGUCAGUCCAGACACUAAGAAGGUUGCCAUAGAGAAGAGCUUCAGAGAAAUAUCUUUCUGCUCACAGGGUAUUCAUCAUGUGGAUCACUUUGGGUUCAUCUGUAGAGAGACAGUAGAAGGAGGGAGCUGUACAUUCGUCUGCUAUGUCUUCCAGUGUACUGAUGAAUCCCUGGUGGAUGAGAUCAUGUUGACUUUAAAGCAGGCGUUCUCUGUGGCCGCCCUGCAGCAGAGUGUAAGGACCAGGAGCCAGCAGUGUGACAGUUGCCCCAUGCAGCAGCUGCACAAGCUGUGUGAGAGGAUAGAAGGUCUCCUCCCGUCUAAAGCCAAGCUCGAGUUUCAGAAACAUCUGGCCACACUGGACAACCAGGAACAAGCUGCUGUGUUCGAGCACACUGUGAGGGCCAGUCCUAAGAGUGACCAGGAGGAGAAUGAGCUGGUGAUGGGGUCUUUGAGGAGUCUGUAUGAACAGAAACAGAGGAGUCAUCAACACACAGAUCACAGACCGGUACCAGAGGCUCCAGCCCCAGUAGAGGUCCAGUCCAGUAGCAGACAGAGAUUAGAGCAGUUUAAAACCAGAGCAAAACGCUCCCUCACAGAGUCACUGGAGGGCAUCUGGAAGGGAAGUAGCAAAACCAGGGCUCAGAGAGAGAACAGUGAAGGAGACAUCAGUUCAUCUGACUCUACACUGAACUCCACUGAACAGGACCCCUCCCUAGAAGACCCCCUCCCCUCCUCCAAUCCUCUGCGGUCUCACAACUCUACAGGGGACCUGAAACGUCUGGACACCUCUCCUCUCUCCGUCUCUCCUUCCUUCUCAUCCCUGUCUCUGUCCUCCCGGGACGCACGGUCCCAGCCGCAUGGCUUCAGGCGGAGAGCCAGCACCUUCAGCCACUCCCCUUCCUACCACGAUCACGCCCCUUCCUACCCUGACCACACCCCCUCGUAUACACACACACCCCAGGUACCCAGCGGCUCCACCAAGCCCAAACUGGUCCGGCACUACUCUGUCAGCACCGACACUCCGCACCAGAGCAAACGACUCCAGGCGGACCCUACUCUUCCUUUCCUCUCCUUCCCCUCUCCUCUUCUCUCUCAUCGACCCUCAUCCCCCUCUCUCGGGGGUCGCCUGGCCAAACGAAGUCCUCUGGGAGGUCUGCGCGCUCGUCUCCGCUCCUCCUCCUCUGUUCCCAACUUCCUCAAACUCCUCGCUCCUGUCCACGAGAGCCACCCCUGUGACUUAGACAAGAGGAGUGACGUAGCAGCCCUGUCCAGUCCGGUAGCAGUGUGUGUGGUAGGAGACAGUCCUCUACGGAGACACUCCUGGAGACAACAGAUCUUCCUUCGUGUCGCUACCCCUCAGAAAAACACUGACAGCAAUGACAGGGGUGACUGCUCCCUAGAUGGCAGGGGCGUGUCUGUGUGCGGGGUUGGAGACGGAUCACUGGGCGUGGUUCCGGAAGAGAGGAAGAAACGUGGCCGAGCAGAACUGAGACGGCUGUGGAGGAAGGCCAUCCUGCAACAGACACUACUGCUGAGGAUGGAGAGAGAGAACAACAAGAUACAGGCGUCGGAGAGUAAACGCCAGCGUCUGGACUAUGAGGAGAUAACUCCCUGUCUGAAGGACGUCACGCUGGUCUGGGAGAGCAUGCUGGGAACUCAGGCCAGGUCGAAGGUCAAGUUCAACACCGACACUGUCCACUCUGCUGUCGAACAGGGAGUUCCUAGACAGUACAGAGGAGAGGUGUGGAAGUUCCUGUCAGAGCAGUUUGUAUUGAGACAACCGGUUCCUGUCAGAUGUCCAUCUGACAACAGGCCUUAUAAAGAACUGCUGAAACAACUGACCUCCCAACAGCACGCCAUCCUCAUAGACCUGGGUCGUACCUUUCCGACCCAUCCUUAUUUCCAGGCUCAGUUGGGGUCUGGUCAGCUGUCUCUCUAUAACCUCCUGAAGGCCUACUCUCUACUGGACCCAGAGGUGGGAUACUGUCAGGGUCUCAGCUUCGUAGCAGGAGUUUUGUUGUUGCACAUGGGAGAGGAGGACGCCUUCAACAUGCUCCAGUUCCUCAUGUAUCAUAUGGGGCUUCGCAAGCAGUACAGACCUGACAUGAUUAUACUACAGAUUCAGAUGUACCAGCUGUCUCGUCUCCUCCAUGACUACCACAGAGACCUGUACGUCCAUCUGGAACAGCAUGAGAUAGGACCGUCUCUCUAUGCUGCUCCCUGGUUCCUCACGGCCUUCGCCUCGCACUUCCCUCUGGGCUUCGUAGCCAGGGUGUUUGACAUGUUGUUUCUCCAGGGUUCGGAGGUGAUCUUCAAGGUGUCGCUAAGUCUUCUGGGUAGUCACAAGCCCUUGAUCCUACAGCACGACAGUCUGGAGUCUAUAGUGGACUUCAUCAAGACUACAUUACCUAACCUGGGACUGGUCCAGAUGGAGAAGACCAUCAACCAGGUGUGUGAGAUGGACCUGUCCAAUCAGCUGCAGGCGUACGAGGUGGAAUACCACGUCUUACAGGACGAGCUGUGUGACACGCCCGCUCACCUCAACCAAUCGCAGCGCACCGCCCAGCUGGAACGCACCAAUCAGAGCCUCCGACAGCAAAACCUCGACCUGCUGGAGGAACUGCAGGUGUCCCAGGCUCGUGUGUGUCGUCUGGAAGGCCAGGUGGAGGGGCUGGCCCAAUCGGAGGCUCUGCUGAGAGAACGGGUGUUCGACCUGGAGGAGGAGAGAAACGGACUGCGGAGCGCCGUCACACACCUGCACACACUCCUCACCGCGCUGGGAAUACACACACACACAACGCACGGGGACUUCAACCUGGACCCUCACACACACUCCACUGCCGACACAGAUGGCCCGAGAGAUGGACAGAGAGAUGGCCAGAGAGAUGGACAGAGAGAUGGCCCGAGAGAUGGCCAGAGAGAUGGACAGAGAGAUGGCCCGAGAGAUGGCCAGAGAGAUGGCCCGAGAGAUGGCCAGAGAGAUGGACAGAGAGAUGGCCCGAGAGAUGGACAGGGUGUGGACGUCCCCACCAGAGAGGAGCCCAGACUGGGACAAGGGACAGCGAUGUCCUCCCCUCUCCUCCCUCAUCCACUGGCUCUACCAGAACACUGA